CGUGCGUCUUCAGCUGUUACACAACCUGUACAACGCAGAAACCAACAUGGCGCUGUUCCACCUCCUCCCGUUAGCUGUGGCUCUUCUGUCGGUGACGUACGUGGAAGGGCAAGUCCCGGGAUUCGGGAAAUGUCCAACGGUGCAGGUACAGGCAGGCUUUGACCUCAGCCAGUACCUUGGUUUGUGGCACGAGAUAGAGAGAUUCCCAGCAGUCUUUGAAGCUGGGAAAUGCAUCACAGCUAAUUACACAUUGAAGUCAGACGGACACGUCAGGGUAGAGAAUGGAGAAAAUGUGAACGGAGAAGAAAAGAUUGCAGUCGGUGAUGCCUACAUUCCAGACCCCAAAGAGUCGGCUAAACUGGCCGUGCGGUUCUAUGACGCUGCCCCGUACGGCGCAUACUGGGUCCUGAAGACUGACUAUAAGACCUACACCCUGAUAUGGUCAUGUGGGGAUCUUCUGGGCUUUGGUAAUGUCCAGUUCGCGUGGAUUCUCGCGAGAGAACACGAGGUCGACCCAGCAGUGAUCGACGAUCUGCACAAGCUGGCGACCGGAUACGGAAUUGACGUCAGCCAUUUUAGUAAAACAGAUCAAACUGGAUGCGUUAACUAGAUACUUUAUUUCACCAACAUUUCAUAAUCUCAUAUAUGUUAAAGAAUGUUGCUAUAAAAGCCAUUGACUGAUGAUAUCAGAAUGUGUUAUGCAUUUUGAAAAAUAAAACAGCCCAUUCAAGCAGUCAA